GGUGCUUCAGUUUAUAGAUACCACUCGUACGACGAACAUCGCGGUACAGUUUUCCUCGAAUCUGUUAACUUCGCGUCUGUCAAGAAAUGUCUGUCAAGAAGUGAGUGACAAGUAAGUGAAGCAGACAAUUGCAUUAUCUAACGAACGAAGUGUAUGUACAUGGUGCAGCACAGUGGUCUUGUUUCGGUUGUUCAACAGCGUCUUCAUGGAUUAAGUCGGUGUCGAAACGCUGGGCGGGAAAGCAUGCCAGCGAGAAAAUCGGCGAUCGAGGAACAGAACAACGUUCCUCCUCGCGUGAAGCUUUGAGGAUCCUCGAGGGACUCGGUGGCUUGCAAGAGAGAGCGAGAGAAAGAGAGCGACGGAACACGCUUGCAAAUUGCCGUGCAGUUACGCGGAGCGAGUAAAAAGUACAUGAUGGAAAACGUUCGCGCGAACGCUCGACAAGUGGUCGUAGCCUCUGAAGUGUCGUCACCAAGAAGCUAAUCGCAGUCAUGUCGAACGAGACUAAUGCGACGGACGAUUUUCUCGACUACGACAUCAACGAGUCGUUGAGUUACUUCGACUGGACGGAACUUGGACCUGUCCUCGUCGUCUACUCCUUCACGUUCUUCCUCGGUUUGGUCGGAAACGUCGUUAUCAUCGCCUCCACACUGUGCCCGAGAUUAAGACCUUUACCAGCAACGCCAACGAACGUCUUUUUGGGUGGUUUAGCAACGGCUGAUCUUUUGCUCAUAAUCUUCUGCAUUCCCGUGAAGGUCGCCAAGCUGUUCUCGUUUACAUGGACCAUGGGCCUGUUCCUAUGCAAGUCGGUGCAUUAUAUGCAGAGCGUGUCGGCCAUUUGCUCGGUCAUCACGUUAACCGCAAUGUCGAUUGAAAGGUAUUAUGCGAUAGUUCAUCCGAUGAGGGCGCAGUAUACAUGCACAAUAAGCCAAGCUCGUAAGAUCGUGAUUAUAACUUGGGUAGCGUCGUUCCUGCUUGGGAUUCCAAUGAUCUUCACACAGACACACAAACUAGUGGGAUUGAGAGUAACCGCCUAUUGGUGUGUUCGUGACUCGGAUAUUGGACUUCUAUGGCGUGCACAUGAGGUUUACAUGCUCGUCUUGGUUCUCGUACUACCCCUGAUUGUUAUGGCAUUUUGCUACACGGCCAUUUGCUGGGAGAUUUGGCGCGUCAUGAAGCGUCGAUACCAUAUGACAUCUCGACAUGCAUUAAAUCCGAAUAACACCGAUACCGAAUCGAUACCCAUGACCCAAAGGCAGAGCACGCGAAACGGACGACGUAACUACCGAGCAGACGGUCAGACAGAAGAGGAAUCUCGAACCAUGAAACAGGUGGUGAAGAUGUUGGUGGCCGUGGUGGUGUUGUUCGCCAUCUGCUGGGGUCCAAUCCUCGUGUACAACGUGCUUACCGCGUACGGCUUCUUGCCGAAGGUAAAAACAGGAAUGGGAAAACACCUCAAUACCAUCUUUCAGCUGAUGGCUUAUUUUAACAGCUGCAUAAAUCCGAUCGUUUACGGAUUUAUGUCGAAGCACUUCAGGGAGAGCUUCCUAGCUGCAGCCUGCGGCGGUUGGUGGAUCUGCUGUCCAAAAAAGGGCUACAGGGCGCCCGUCAAGAGGCAUCCUAGUCUCAGCCAGACCAGGACCACGAGUGUCAGGUGGACUUGAUUCUUUCGUUGUGCCCGGCCCACGUCGAGGCAACAGAAUCACAGGUAAAAAAUAUAAAGAAUACAGGAGAGAGGAAGUGUCGCAAGAGCGAGCCGAAAACGAGAAAUGGUCGCUGGGAAGACUGUUUUCCGAAGCUCGACGAGAGGACUUUAUCCGGGACUGCGGGUCGAUUAUCUCCAAGACAUCUCUAGGGAUUUCAGAAGAGCUUCCUUAAAUGUACCUACUUGAUGUUAAAAAGUUGCAUCGAAGGAUGCGUUAACUUUAAAACUAUCGUUUCAAGAAAACUUUCAUCUGUCGACUUGCCCGAGCCAUGACGGGCUAUAAGCAACGAAAAUCUCUGGAUUAUACAUUGGUUACAAAAGACAUUUACAAAUUGUAUUUUAUAAAUGCAGUACCUCCCGUUUAUAAGAUGCAAUUUCAACCUGAAUAGAUGAAAUGGAAUACUCUGAUCUAAUAAUCAAGUUUUUUUUAAUUUUGUAUUUUUCCUGGUGAAAAUGAGUCCAAACACGGCUAUGAAUGUGUCGUAUUUUACGUUAUGGGAUCGAGAGCACCAGCAGCUGAGUAAAAGGCCCUGAAUGGUGCGCAAUCCGGAUGCGUGUGAGACUGUUUGCCGUCGAUUGUCGCACGGUGGGGAUCGUAAGUAUAACGACACUUAAUCAUCAAAAAUACAAAUCAAAGUAUGUAACGAUAAUUAGAAAUUAUUUAUUACACAUGUUAUAUUAAUUUUAAUAUCAAGCUUUGAAGAACAGAAUUGAAAUCGAACUCAUUGCGUCGUAGAUUUAUUUUAACAAAAUCGUAUGGAGUUUAUUGCUUAUGCUAACAUUGCUUUCCCAAGAAUAUUCUACCUUUCUCGUGCAAAAUGUUUUCAUUCCAUUCUGAGUUGAUUUUUCUUUCUUACGGGAAACACUACAAAGUUGCGGAACGUGAAAGCCAAAUAUCAAGAUGCGCAACAUGUUUGAAAUCAUAAAUAUAGAACAGCGGAGUUCAUGCAAUAUUUCGAUAUUUAUCAAAGUUUAAAAAAUUUCAAAUGUUCCAUAUACGUUGGAAACUUGACAAAUCACUGAGAUAUUAUUUAUAGUAGUUAAAAUGAUAUUAGGGCUCGUUUUCAUCAGGAAAGCAGUGGUAAUCCACUGAUAUUACUCCUACGAAUAAACAACGAAAACCGUACCAAUGUUAAAAGAUGGUUUGAGCUGAAGUUGAAACAAAUUAAGCAUUUUGUAGAUGCAUGAAUCAUAUUUUGUUCUUGUCAAAUGUUUUCGAUUCACUAGCAUUCAUUCCUCAUCAGCACAUAUUUGAAAGAUUGAUUGAUAAUUCAUUGCAAGAGAUCCAAAAUUACUAAAUGCAAAUGUCUUACACGUGUCGAAUUCGAAUUUGCUUGAAAUUAAAUAAUUAAACUGGAAGGAGAUACGCUACCUCUCCCAGACAUAAGAAAACAGGCAAUCCAGAUUCGGUUUCUUAUAAGUGGGAGAUACUGUAUAAGAAAAAUAUUACAUUCAUUUGUACCAGUGAGUAUUAGCCGUGGGUACCCGCCAACUUUCAAUUAAUUGGAUCCAUCCAGCAACUCAGCGGGAACGAUUUGUAGUUAACGAUGAUUGAACGUGCAACGAGAACGUUAGACGAACGAGAUACAUCGGUCUGAAAGCGGUGAAACAUUUUAAAUUAACAAGUUGUACGUUGGCUCUUUAACGAAUAAACUUUGCGAAAGCAUGCGUGCAAGGUGGUCUAAUUUUAAAGCUGAUACCUGAAUGUUUCCUUUGCUUAUGGAUUAAAGAAAGAACUGCUCGGGAUAAAAUGAAACUGUCUCGGAUGGCAAACUAUAGUAAUAGGAGAGAAACUGUACCUGCAUUAAUUUUUCUUGGUUAGAUAUAUCAGACGUACGUCUAUAUUUUAAAAAUAUAAGGUAUGCACUUAUGCAAAACGAAAUAUUAAUAUCAUUAUACUAAUUAAUAGAAUAAAAUAAUCGUUUAAAAAUAAUUCCGUUUUUGUAUGUUUUACAUAUUACUGUACGUCAUAAAUGCAUAAAAUUGACCAUCUAUAAGCAUCAGAGAUAUUCGGAUAUUCUUAAUUUAAAUUGUCAUAUAUUCGGGUAUCUGUUCCUAUUUUUUAUUGGUUCCGAAAUAGUUUGCAUUAAGUAUGAAAAAUGGAACAUCCAACCCACGGAGCUUGCAGGGUAAACUCCCAAGAACUGUUCCUCGUGGCGAUCGAAACGGAAUCGAUCAAAGAUCACACGUCUAUCGCUCAUCUAUUUAUUUGUUGUUUAUUAAAGUUGUUUAUUAAAGUGCUUAACUAUAUUACAUUAGCUAUUACACUGGAUCUAUACAUUUUUCCAUGCAAUUAUUCUCAUUCUUUUUAUCUUUACUUUGUCUGACAUGACUCCUAUAUUGAUUUAAUACUGUUUGCAGUAUCUCUGCAACGAGACGAGAUUUCUACGAUCUCGAUAACACUAUAAUGUAGCGUACUCAAUUACUUAUUCGUAUAAACGCUUAGGAAUUAAUUCAGGAAGAAUCUCGAUGCAUCGAACUGACAUGCUUGAAAUUAUCAUCGAUUAUACGUAGGAUAGAAAUAUUCUGGUGACAGA